GGCCAGGCCAGGACGGGCUAGUCCAUUUCAGUCAACUGCACUGCAGUCCAGAACGAGAUAAACCAGAAAGAUGGAUGGAAACUAGGACUCGGGAGUCCAGCUGUGAAUGAUUUCCUUGUUUUCGGGCGAUUCGAGCCAAAGACAUCGGAUUGAAAGGUUUUGUUUGCUCUCGCAGAUCCCCUUACGUCGCCCUGAAAUUAGGGUACCGCUUGCAUUUCAUGGCCUAGCUCACGUGUCCUACAGGGUGGAGGCUUUCGGUCAGACCAGUGCAGACUGGCUGGAGGAAUCCACAAAUAUUCUCUGACCAGACACUUGUUACGGAUUCGUGAGAUCUUCCUCUCAUCAGUUCUGGCUGUCUAGCGAGCGAGGCAGUGACUCACUGACUGACUUCGUACAGUGCGUGGUUCCCGUUCCGUAGGUCAUUCGUUGCAUGGGUCCAAUCCAUCAUCACUUUUUACCUCGGCGGUCGCUGCUCAAACAGAUUUUGUCCAGGUAAGCAUCGUGUUCAGAUGAGUCACACUAGCAACACCGCAUGCAGUAAUUCGGAUCGGCUGCUUGCUGGACAUUUAUGCUCGCGGGAGAGAUUGAGUGAAUAAUUCCCAAGUUUACAAUUUUUUGAGUAAUACUCCACAUUAUUUAGGGCCGUGCUGAAAGGUGGGCAGGAAGAACGUUGAAUUCGGAGAAUUUGAAGAAAUGGCUGAUACUGGAAAGGCGGAUAAGGAAAAAGCCGAAUGCGGGAAAGUUGUUCUGCAUACCUACUGUCAUAGCUCCUGUGGCUGGCGCGUACGACUUGCUCUAGGACUCAAAGGAAUACCAUACGAGUACAAGUCUUGGAAUCUACUCACUAGAGAGCACCUUUCUGAAGAGUUCAAGAAGAUAAGUCCUCUUCAGUUGGUGCCUGUGCUGGAGAUCGAUGGCGAUGUACUUGUUGACUCAAUAGCCAUCUUGGAGUACUUGGAGGAAAGGUAUCCAGAGAAGCCUCUUUUGCCAUCUGAUUUAAAGAAAAGGGCUGCAGUUCGCACAGUCGUAAACAUGAUUGCGUCCAGUAUACAGCCUAUCCAGAAUGCCAGGGUUCUGCAAGGUAUCGAGAAGCUAGCUGGACCAGAUGCUCGAUUGGAAUGGGCACAAGAGUACAUAACACGUGGUUUCACAGCUUUAGAGUCUAUGCUGGAGAAAACAUCUGGGAAGUACUGCUUUGGAGAUGAAAUUACACUGGCUGAUGUCUUGCUGAUUCCUCAAAUGAACAAUGCAAACCGGUUCAAAGUUGAUUUGUCACCGUUUCCCACAUUGGUGCGACUUCGUGAUACUUUGUACGAGUUGGAACUGGUUCAAGAAUCGACCGUUGAAAAACAGCCGGACUUCCCCAAGCCCACUGAUUCGGGUGUUGUGGAUAAUCGAAUCGUAGUUCAUCGCGCAAGCGCAACAGGGGAUCAUGAAGAGAUUGUAUCACAAUCCGAGGAUGAUGACUGCCAGGAGACGCAACCAAAUGAGCCUCAGUCUGGUACUUCGCAUUCCUCAAGAACCGAACAUACCAAAGAAGCGAAGAAGCACUUUGAUCGCUACGUAGUUGAGUCAGGAGAUAAUAAGCAUAAGGAAAUGGCAAGAUGUAAGUACUGCCAUAGGGAAUUCGUGUACAACUCAACCCGCAUGUCCCAGCAUCUCCUUGGCGCGAAGGAUUCUCGAAACUAUGUUCAGACCAAGGCUUGCGGUGCUGCUCCAGCACAUGUGGUGGAAAACCUUAGGCGUCUAACCCCCGGGAAACUCAGCAGCAUUCGGCGUCCUCCACAUAAGUACCAACGUGUUGCAGUAGACGAAACAGCCCAACGGUCCAACUUCUCCAGACAAGAAAGGGAGGAGAUCGUUAGGUUGGUGCAACUGCAAUUGCGCCAGGAGCAAUCUGUAGAAGUGCUUCAAAGUAAAUCAGCGUGAACCAUUUCCACCCAUGGAAUCAGAGGUGAAGAAAUGAGCACAUGUAAAGACUAGGCAUGAUUUAUUCUCGGGCCAUAUGUGAAUAUCCGGCCACCCAUUACGAUCAGGAUCAUGUAGAAGUGGCUGCGUGCGGCCCAAAGGUAGGAUCUAGAUAGGUUGAUGCAUGGUUCCACUUAUUAACGAUAACCAUGCACUCCUCUCCAGCGCAAGGGCAUCACUGGCUUUAUCAUUCUGCCAGCCUCUGGAGAUAGACGCAGGAAAUUUUCAGUAUUCAAGGGCUGUUGGCGCAAUGCACCACGCAAUACUGCCCAUUCCAACGUAGUUCAUCAAUCUCUGGUAGUAGUCGGCCCGUAUGUCACUGCAGUAGUCAGUGAACGCCCCGACUCAAGUUUUGACCUCCAUUUUUAGACUGAUCGGUUCUUACUACACCUUCCCCAACCAUUGACCAAGCGGGUACAUGCUCAAGAUGUCCAAAUUCAUUCCUUAAGGAGUUGAAGUUCCACCUUCAAGAUCUUU